AUGGAGCUAGGACUGCCCAAUUCCCCCAUACCGCGUACUACAACUACUCGUAACACCGCUACGGCCGAUGACCCUACCCACAAUAACACCCACCACAACACCAGCGAGAUUACCAAUCCUAACACGUAUCCUACUGAUGCCACUCGGGACGCUGCUACCGUCAACACCGGUUAUCCCGCCGCUCCCGGUGAAACCAACACGAUCUACCCAAAGGCCUUCCUCCACCAGCUCAAGGCCCUUCCAACUGUAGGGCCACAAUACCAUCACUCAUCCCAUCUGUUUUUGCAUCGGACCUCGUCUCACCCUUGCUCCGUCAUGAGUGUCACUGUGUGCGCUAUCAUGAGCUCAAAGGCCGAGUCCGCCAGCGACUUUCACACGCGAGAUGUCGCUGAAAAGCUACCAGUCACUGGGCAGUCGCCCACCGAGUCCAUCGCGGUCGACAAGGAUGGCUCGGUAACGCCAGAGGAAGAGGUGGGAGACGUUGCAGUUGUACAAAUGAGCAACCUCCGCUGGUUCAAUGUAUGCGUUGGGUUGUACCUGACCGCAUUCCUCUAUGGACUGGACUCGACGAUUGCUGCUGAUGUGCAAGGGCCCAUUCUGGCUUCUCUAGGAAAUCUGAAGAUGCUGCCGUGGGUUGGUACCGGAUUUCUACUUGGCUCGGUCGCCACCAUCUCGCUGUUCGGCUCCCUCUACAACAAGGUAGAGGUUAAAUGGUUGUAUCUGGGCAGUAUCAUCGCAUUUGAGAUCGGUAGUGCAAUUUGUGGUGUGGCUCCCAAUAUGACGGCCAUGGCUGUCGGCCGAGUCGUGGCAGGAAUGGGUGGAACCGGGAUCUAUCUUGGGUGA